GUGACACGAAAAAAAACGAAUCCUUUUGUAGCUCAUCAUUUAUUGGCAAAAAUAGAAAAGGUCAAUAUGAAGGAGGAGAAAGAAACAAUAGUAACGUGGUCCCGGGCAUCUAGCAUUCUACCCACAAUGGUUGGCCAUACAAUCGCGAUUCAUAAUGGAAAGGAACAUAUACCUAUUUACAUAACAAAUCCUAUGGUAGGUCGCAAAUUGGGGGAAUUCGUACCUACUCGGCAUUUCACGAGUUAUGAAAAUGCAAGAAAGGAUACUAAAUCUCGUCGUUAA